AUGAAUACAGAUUUAAAACAAAGGCAAGCAGCUUAUAGGAAAAAACUUUAUGGUGCAAAUAAAGAAAUAAAAUCUUUAAAACAUAAAAUUUUAACCAUGCAGGUGGUAAUGGAGCAUCUAAAAAAAAAUCAAAGUGUAUCUGAAAAUGCUGCUGAUCAUUUAGAAAAAACAUAUGGUAGUGUUCCCCAUCUAUUAAUGAAUAGAUAUUUAAAAAAUAUUAAAAAUGAAACCAUAACACAUGAGUCUUAUCCUCCAGUAUUAAGAGAAUUUGCCGCAACCUUGCAAUUUUAUUCCAGUAAAGCAUAUGAAGAGGUUAGAAAAGAAUUUGCAAUGGCUUUGCCUCAUCAGGCCACAGUUAGAAAAUGGUAUCAAAAUGUUAACUGUGAACCAGGGUUUGUUUCAGCAGCAUUUGAUGCUCUGAAGCUAAGAGUGGAAGAAUCUCAGUCCAACAAUAAAGAAGUUUUUGGUUCUCUCCUAUUAGAUGAGAUGUCAAUUAAAAAAAGUUUGGAAUUUGAUGGAAAACAAAUGUGGGGAUAUGUAAAUGUUGGUGUCCCAACCGAAAAUGACGAAUUACAACCAGCAACUGAAGUAUUAGUCAUUAUGGUUGUUUGUCAUACUGGACAUUGGAAGAUACCCAUUGGAUAUUUUUUUAUUGUUUCACUUUCUGCAAAAGAAAAAGCAAAUUUAAUACGAGAAAGCCUAAUUCGAUUGCAUGAAAUAGGAGUAAUAAUAACUUCAGUCACAUCUGAUGGACCCAGUACAAAUUUUGCCAUGAUGAAAGAAUUAGGAUGUAUAUUUGAUAAUGUUCAUAAUUUAAAAACUUGGUUUAAUCACCCCUCUGCUAAUUCCCAAAAAGUGUUUUGUAUAUUAGAUGCAUGUCAUAUGGUGAAACUUAUGAGAAAUAAUUUUGCAAGUUUACAAAUUAUAAAAGAUCCUAAUGGAAAUAAUAUUUGCUGGUCAUACAUAAAAAAAUUAUAUGAACUUCAAGAAAAUGAGGGCCUACAUAUAGCAAAUAAACUUAAAAAGGCACAUUUGGAAUGGCAUAGGCAAAAAAUGAAGGUUCACUUAGCAGCUCAAACGCUAAGUAAUAGUAUUGCUGAUGCCAUAGAUUUUCUUAAUAAAAAAAUGGGUAUACAGGAAUUUAAAGAAAGUGAAGCCACUACAAAUUUUAUAAGAAAAGUGAAUUGUCUCUUUGAUAUUUUAAAUUCCCGAAGUCCACAGGCUAAAGGAUUUAAAUCUCCUUUAAGAAUUUCAAAUGAAAAUGUUUGGAGGCCUUUUUUAAUGGAAACAGUCCAAUAUUUAUCAAGAUGUACAGAUGUUGGGGGAAGACCUUUAUGGCUUACCCCAAAAAAAACUCCCUUUAUUGGUUUUUCCAUUACAUCUAUGUCUGUUUGUGGAAUUUUUGAUGAAUUUGUUAAGUCUGGCAAACUAAACUAUUUUUUGACUUACAAGGUAUCCCAAGACCAUUUAGAAAUAUUCUUUUGUUCUGUAAGAAGUAGAAAUGGAUGGAAUAAUAAUCCUACUUGUCUACAGUUUAAAAAUACUUUUAGAAGAUUAUUAUUGCAUACAAAAAUUUCUCAGGGAGAAGGCAAUUGUAAGGUUUUAGAUGCUACCACUGUAUUAUCCAUACCCAGUACUUCAGUAAAAUCAACUGUGGAGGAAGUGGAUUUCUCCAUGUAUAGGAAGUUCAGCUAUGAACCUGCAGAUUUUUUGUUGGAUCAUAAUUAUGACAUAUUAAGUGGUGUAGUUGAACUGAAUACACUAACAUCAAAUGUUGUGACUUACAUUAGUGGUUAUGUAGUCAAAAUGCUGGAGGAAAGUAAUAAAUGUGCAGAAUGUAUACUGGGAUGCAGAUCAACUAUGGAUGCCAUUAAUGAUGAAUCAUAUUCUUUAAUUUCAUUCAAGGAUAAAGGAGGCUUGCAUAUUCCUUCAUAUGGAUUGGUAAAAAUCUGUCAAGGAGUAGAAAUUGCCAUAAAGAAUAUGCUACUAUCAACAGAUAACAAAAUACCCAAGGAAAAAAAUUUUAUGGACAUUUUUGUCAUUGCUAAUGCACAAAAAUAUUAUACUGAUAUUUAUAAUCUUUUUCCUAUUUUACACAAUCAUUUUUUGGAAUCUGCACCUUGCGAUGAAAAUCAUGGAUUUCUUUUGGUUAAAAAUAUUGUUCGUUCAUAUGCAAAAAUACGUCUUUAUAAUUUAGCCAAAAAACAUACAGAAACGAUUCAAGGAAAUGCAGUUAGGAGACAGCUUAAUAAAUUAAUAUUGUUUAACCAUCAGUAA